UUCCUCCCCCGCAAGCUUCCAAUCCAGCGAGCCCUCCCCAAUUCCUACUGUGCUGUUUCUCUCUCGAAUCUAUUCUUCCGGUCCCCGUCCUCUUCCUCCUUCGCCGCCCAGCACAAAAGGAAUAGAACCUUGGUCCUUACACGCGCCGCCGUGGUAGCCCCAAGGCGUCGCAUUUCUUCGAUCACACGCCUCCUCAUCCAUCCUUCUUUAAAGCCGAAGUCCCAAAAUCCCAGCUUUAGAUCAUCUGCAACAGCAAUCCCCUCCCUUGAAUGGCAUUCACUUCUCUCUACAAAUCCAUUCAUGUCGUCGUCAAUAUCUCCUUCCUCUUCACGUUAGCCCUCUUCUUCUUCUUCCUCUCUUCAACACAUUCCUCCCAUAUUAACGGUUGCGAAGCGACAGUGUCACGCAAUAAUCUCAGAAGCGUAGAUGCAUCCGAGCCUCGCGGCUACAUCAACUAUCUCCAACUCUUCGACUGCGUAUUCAACAAUUACCCUGUUAUAGGCUACGUCCUACUCGCUCUAUGGCUUCUAGUUCUCUUCUACUUACUCGGAAACACUGCUUCUCACUACUUGUGCUCCUCGCUUGAAAGCCUCUCCGGUGCUCUAAACCUUUCCCCUACCAUCGCCGGCGUCACCUUGCUCUCCCUCGGCAACGGUGCGCCGGAUGUUUUUUCUAGUAUAGUCUCUUUUGCCUCUGGAGGCGGCACAGGCGGCGUCGAGGUUGGCCUUAACAGCGUUCUCGGAGGCGCAUUUUUCGUCUCCUCCGCCGUCCUCUCAAUAAUCAGCAUCUCCGUCUGCCGCUCUUCCCGCCCUGCAAUUUCCAUCGACCGCCUGAGUUUUUUCAGAGACCUCUGCUUCCUGCUCGUGACCCUUUGCUUCCUCGCCCUGAUUCUAAUUAUUGGACAAAUUCGCAUCUUGGAAGCAAUGUUAUUCGUUUUUCUCUACAUUAUCUAUAUUAUUCUCGUAUCAAUGAGCCAUUGUUGCAGUAAAGAGCUUGGAGAACUCAGCUUGCCCUUACUAGAAUCCAUAAAUGUGCAGCAGCAGCAGCAGCAGCAGCAAUCUGGGAAAGAAAUUGACUCAAAUCUCAGCAUUUUCAAACCAGAGUCCUCUGAAUCACAUCAAAGCUGGUUCCUUUAUCUCAUAGAACUACCUCUCUAUCUUCCAAGAAGACUAACAAUCCCAUUAAUAACAGAAGAAAGAUGGUCAAAACCAUUUGCUGUAUCUUCCGUAACUCUCUCACCAAUUCUUCUUGCAACGUUAUGGAACUCCCGGACAAAGGACAUGAAUUCAGAGCAGAGCACCGCAAUCUUCCUCUUCGCUGCUUUACUCAGCUUGCUUCUCGGAAUCACAGCAAUGGAGUGCACAGAAAAUUCCCAACCACCCAAAAAACUUCAGCUUCCAUGGCUUUUAUCCGGCUUCCUGAUGAGUGUUGUCUGGACAUACAUGAUAGCAGGGGAGCUCGUUUCCCUUCUGUUUUCCAUAGGAGAAAUACUUGGUGUCAGACCUUCAGUUCUAGGAGUUACUGUACUGGCAUGGGGCAAUUCACUGGGAGAUCUUGUGGCCAAUGUAGCCAUGGCUGUUAAUGGAGGAGAAGAUGGAGCUCAGAUUGCAGUUGCAGGAUGCUACGCAGGUCCAAUUUUUAACACAUUGGUUGGAUUGGGAUUAUCAUUUGUUGUUUCUUCAGUGAAAGCUUAUCCUUCUCCAUUUGUGAUUGCGAGUGAGGAUUAUUCUGAAUUUGUUCUGAUUGGGUUUAUUAUUGGGGGAUUAUUGUGGGCUUUGGUGAUGCUGCCGAUGAAGGGGAUGAAGCUGAGUAGGGCUUUGGGGGUUGGUUUGUUGGCUAUUUACUGCUGUUUUAUUUGCCUUAGGGUUCUUGAGAGUUUGGAGAUUUUAAAGCUUGGUGUUUUGUUAAAUGUAUAGCUGUUUUGACUAAACAAAAACAUUGAAGAAAUUCUUCAGUGUU